AUGCAGCUGCUCAGGACGACCACGCUCUGGCUGCUCUUGCUUCUGAUUGGCUGCUCGUCUGCAGACCCUGAUCCGGACCUCGGGCCCAGAGUGGUGCGUUCAAGUGUCUGUCAGGAGCACACGAAUCUCCACAACCGCAUGGACACCGUGGAAAAGACGGUGGAGGACACGCUGCAGCACCUGGAGGGAAACCUGGAGGACCUGCUGGACACCAUCCAGGACCCUCGGUGGAGCCCCCUGGUGGACAGCCCAGCCCAAAAGACACUGGACGUCCUGGAAGACCCUCCGUACAGGCCGCAAGAGUGA